CACCCAGCCGCCUUCCGCGCAUGCACUGUGGCCCGGAAGGUGCUCGGGCCGCUAUGGCGAUGGCGGAGAAGUUCGACUCGUUGGAGGAGCACCUGGAGAAGUUCGUAGAGAACAUCCGGCAGCUCGGCAUCAUCGUUAGCGACUUCCAGCCCAGCAGCCAGGCCGGCCUCAACCAGAAACUGAAUUUCAUGGUGACGGGCCUACAGGACAUCGACAAGUGCCGGCAGCAGCUUCACGACAUCAGCGUGCCCUUGGAGGUGUUUGAGUACAUAGAUCAAGGACGCAACCCUCAGCUUUACACUAAGGAAUGCCUGGAGAGAGCUUUGGCUAAGAAUGAGCAAGUGAAAGGAAAAAUUGACACAAUGAAGAAGUUUAAAAGUCUUUUAAUUCAAGAACUAACAAAGGUGUUCCCUGAAGACAUGGCAAAGUACAAAGCUAUACGAGGCGAGGAUCCUCCUCCUUAAGCAGACCUUUGAUAUCUCUCAAUGCAUCAAUUCUAUGGACUGACACCACUCUUAAGAAAAACAUUGACUGAAGUAACAGGGUAUCCAAAAGUUUUGUUAACAACUCUACUAAAAAUGGCAGAGAUGGGAUGUAAAGGAGCUUGAGGAUUGCACAUGGUUCUGGAGUGAAGGUAAUGCAUCUUCCUGAAGACUUUCACUCAAGGAUUGCAGUUGGAACUUCUUGUGGUACCCUGUUCUUUCUUGAAGGAUUUCAGAGAUGUUUUGAUAAUUCACAGGCAUUUAUAUGGCAUUUCCUACAGAGUGUGGCUUUGGAGCAAGAGAUUGUGGUGGUGGUUGUUUUGGUUUGUGGUUUGUUUUUGGUUUUGCUUUCUAAGAAGUGUGCUCCAGGAUUAUGGGUUUUUUGACAAAUGUAUUUAUUCUACUUGAUUAUUUUCUAUUUAUGACCAUCUUUUUUUUUUUUUUUAUUACAGUCCAAACAAUUGACUCUUAUAAUCUUGCCAAAUUCUCUUGAAUAGGAGCCUGUCAUGAGCUCCACUUUGCAUGUGUCAUAAUGAAUUGCAGUCCAGAAAACCUUGAGGUGAUUGUGUUCUGUAGGCUGCAGUGCGGAUGGCUGAUAUUGAAAGGGAGCAUGCUUGGGGAUUAGCUCCUCAGCAAUGUUGGUAUUUUGUAUAUGUAGACCUUUGUUAAAUGCUAAUCGCUUUCUGUAAGCAGGUUGUAGAAUAAAAAGUUUGUAAUCAUGAUA